ACAUCAAACCACCGGAACCCGAUCGACACUGGGACCGGAGUGACACUCUCACAGUUUCCAAAAUUAUUUAUUAUUGAUUAGAAAAAAUUUUGCCCUUUUUUUGGACGGUUUCACGCCUCCUCGUCGUCGCGGUUUCGGGCUUUUUCGGCACUGAAAAUCCCCUCGAGAUUGCAAAUGGUUUAUUGGAAAAUCGAACAUUUGCUGUUGAAUCGAAACGAAAACGGAGGCGGAAAUUUUGGCGACGAUCCGAAGCCUUCCCAAUGGGCCAAUCGAUGCUUUUCGACCAAAAUUUUUCACUCGCGAGGCGGUGAAUGGAAUUUUGAAAAACUCGACUUUUCGAGACGCACUCGGAAUUUUAUUCGACGACCACGAAUCGCGGCGGGACCGAGGCACUUGGGAAAUUCGAAAAAUCCCCCUUUUUAAAAGCCCUGAGGGGAAAAAAAUUCCCCACCGAAUCCCCCUGUGCAUCCACAUCCGGACCGGACCAAAGUGAAAUCGACCGGAAGUCGCGAGUGCGUGUGUCUUGCGGAGGUGAAAGUUCAAACGGGGGUCAAACGAGACUCGAAAUAAAGCAUCAAAAAUGACGGACAAUUUUGCCGAAUGUACGAGGGCGAGUGAAAAGUAGCCUGCAGCGAGGAGCCGGCUCGAGUUUCAUGGAAUGCUGACGAUAAAAUGCCACUUCCGGUCCUCGUACUCUCGAGCUUACUCCAACUCCUUGCUGCCGUAUCCUGCGACGAGCUUUCCGUCAUUCGUCACGUCGAUGGGGACAUUUUUACUGCUGAAGGAUCCUGUAACGGAGCCUGCGCGGAAUUAAGCAGCGGCACGGGAAGCUCUUAUUCACGUGCGACUGCCACUUCGACGACAGGAAUUUCCAUAACGAAUGGCACUUGUGUGUGUCAAUGCAACGGUGCCCUGCCCGUUUUUCGUGAGGAUCUUCACAUUUGCGUGAGCGACAUACACGAAUGCAACGUCGCAGGUUUCGUCAGCAGUUCCGGCCACGUCGAGAAGGUCCCCUACAUUUUUUUGCCUCAACGGGGACAGAUCAUUUAUCCCCAAGCGGAAAUUCGCUUCGAGGGUGUCACUACACCGGUUUGCGGAAUCGCUGGCUCUCAACAACUCGGUAAAUCCGGAUGGAUCGAGCUGAGAAAUCUCUCGAACGCUGAGCCACCGUUCAGGCUCUUUCGCGACGAGGGAAGAACUUUUUUACAGUGGAUCGGUGAAGACGGUUUGAGGGAUACUGCCGAAGGUAAACUCGUCCUGGCCAAAUUGGUCUGCAGAGAUGCCUCCCCCAGCUCCAGUCUGCCGGAAGUUUUCGCACCCUGCGUCGCCUUCAGGGUGGCUGGAUCGCCUUCCAAAAGUAACGUUCGAGAAGUGACGUUCGCCGCGACGAGGCAACCGUCCCAGGGUCUGUCGGUCGUCGAAUACGCAGCGAUUGGAGUAUCCUCGAUCCUCCUCGCGCUCAUCUACGUCGCCAGCGUUUCUCUCUAUUUGCACAGUCGAAAAGCUCGGAGAAAAUGCAACGAGGAACCGGAAGUGGCCAUCACCGGGGGCCGGGACGGUGCCGGGCUGGUAAAAAACAACCCUUUGCUCGUGGCCACGAGACACUUUGAGAGUGACACCAACAGUGGUCCCAGUGACGACGACGGAGGCGACGAGCUGGGGGAGAGCGACGCCGAGCAGGGUUUCGAAAAUCCUUCGUACUGCUCCCAGCAAGUUACGUCAGCCCUCGUCCAUCCCCAGUGCAUGUUCCUGGAGCACUCCGAAGCUCUUUUCAACAACGGAAACAUCCUGGGCGAAAGGAUCCCUGAAGAAGACGUUCGCAUCGUCGAAACCAUUGAAAAUACUUACCAGCAAGAAACCCCCGUGCUUCCGGGCACCCAGAGACGCAAGUUGUACUUCAACCCAGCGUACUUCGAGAGACAACUGUUGCUGGCUCCGCCACCCGCCGCUAUAGAAUUCCUGAUGAAGAUCCGAGAAGUGAUUUCCAUCGCGAAGCACAAAAUGACAGCGAAAAAGUUCGUUCCCACUUUGACAGGCAUACCGGAGGAGGAAAGUUCUUCGGAGCGUUGCAGCUCUGUGGCGAACAAAAAUCGUGCUGGUUCGGUGCAAGGAUCGGUAACGCGUUCCCGAAGGUCACAACGAUGCACGGGCUGCCCGGGCUGCACGGAAGGGCCGUUGAAGAACUUGGCGCUGUUGCCGGACGCGGGGAGAUCGAUGAUCGGUGAAAACCGCGUUCGAGCUUGGCUCGAGGACGUCAAGCCGCCGGAGAGACGCUGGAAGGAUGGGGAGGACGCGAGACACAAUUUUCAAGAUAAUUCACGAGUGUUUGCCCGCAGUUUCGAUAAGCUUGAAAAAAUCGGUAAUAUCGAUUUGUCGAGGGGCGAUAAAAGCGAUCAGACGAAAGGUAAAGGUUUCGCUACUUGGAAAGAGAAUCCUCCGAUGUUAAGGACCUUCCAGAACAUCGCGAGGAGCGAAAUCCUCGGGGAGGAUGAUCGGCACAGUAUUUCGAAAAGAUCGACGAAAUCGAUGUUCGAAGAGUCCAACUACGAUCGGUACUACCGGACGAAAAAAUCGGCAUCUUCGUCCCCCCGCAGGGAGGAGAAUCGUGACAACGAGAUAAACGCAAAAGUCCGGAAAGCCAUCGAGAACUCGUUCAUAAAGCAGAUGGAAGAAAACGCGACGAUCGAAGAUCGGCAAGAGUCGAUAAAUCGGCAGAUCGGUAGCGGGCCCGACGGGAAGGAAGAAGGAGCCGCGAGCAACGAGGAGGAAGAAAAUAAGCUCGAUUCCAAAAAAUCGGUAUCGAUCGGUACGCAGAAAAGAUGGAAAAAAUCGAGGGCGCCGGGCGUGCCGAGCAAGGAACUGCCGGACAUGAUAAACCAGUUGCCACUCUCCAAAAUCCCCGCUAAAAAAAUAAUGGACGCAGUGAUAAAGGAAAUGGUGGACGUGAAAGCGCUGGAGCACCAAUCGAGAGUUACCGAUCCCUCGGUCUACGAGAUCGACAGUUUGGAGCGAACGCAUCGAAGGUCGUGUCAAGGCGAGGCCCGAAAAUCGGCAAAAAUCGGUUCGGCUAAAGAUAAAAUCGGCAAGCCGAUCGAGGAGAUCGGUAAGAAAUCGGUCGACGAGCAAAUACUCAGGAGAAAUUACUACAAUAAUUUGCCGGAGCUGCUGACCUCCAGGCGAGAAGGUUAUUCCCUGGUCAGCGAGGUCUACGUCAACGACGGGUACGCGAGCCCGGCAGGAAGUGACGAUUCCGGACCGGAAAUCCGCUACGAAGCAGAGAAUCCAGGCCACCUGACCAUCAAAGUUCAAGAUUCUCCCGAAAACUACGUCAAGCAAGACGAAUCCGAGUACGAGCCCGACACCCUGGACCGGAAACCCAUGAGGCUCAAAAUCAACGGCGACGUCAGCUACGACCGCGACACCACGAGCGAGAGCUACGUCGACUCGCUCGAAAGACCCCGCCACAUUCUACUGCGGAGCAAAGGCAGCUUUCGAGACGAUGACAAUUCGAAAAACGGUACCGGCUCGCUCCAGCGGGGGUACGGAAGCCUCCGGGAAAUCUACGAGGCUAGAUUACGAACGAAUCUCAAAGAUUCCAGCUUCAUGGGGAGCACCAAAUCACUGAACGGGGAAUUGGACAAUCCUUUGGCCUGGAAAAAGUGCAAAUAUUUGACCCCCGACACGAGGCAAGCGAAGAGGCAACGGAAGCCUCAGAAUCAGCCCGACGUAGUGCCAUUGCCGCCGUCCGAGGAAAUUUAUCAGAAGCCAAAGCCCCCGCGCAGGGUUGAGUACAAAGACGCCAAGGCGGAGGAGCAGGUUGGCCUCGAGUCGAUUGACUCAAAAAACGAGUUGGACAGGAGUAAGUCCGAAGCGGGUGACCCUACGGCCAGCGACGGCUCUCCUGUCUUCGCACAAACGCCAGAAAACGGUCGCGUAGGGAAGUUGACGCGUGAGCAAUCGGAAGAGGUGAAGAUCGCAGCGCCAUCUAGGUUGACGGAAAACGAUGGCUUCGGUGAGGAAAACGGAGCCGAAAAGGUUCCGGUUUCCCCGGACUCGAAUCCGUCGUGGCUCCCGGGCGGUGAGCCGCCUUGGAAGGCGGAUUUGGAGAAGCGUUCGAGGCGCCAUCUGCCAGCCGAUUGCGGAAGCCCGAACGCGCCGGAGAGAUUCGAGAGUGUGAAAAAAUCGAGCGCGAUGUCGCUGAGCGGAGGAAAAACUUGCGCGGAUUUUUUAGAGCCCGGGAGGCCGAUUUCGAUGCUCCGCAAGUCUGAAGGACCUUCGAGAAAGUCGAUGACCUUGGGCAAGGUCGAAGACAGCGGUUACUUGAGCAGCACCGACAGCAAUGAGUCGCAGAAACAAUUAUUGCGCCACGACAACGGAAGCGUUUCGGAAACCGACGAGACCGAGUCCAUGUGCGACGGCGCCAGCGAAAGUGGCGCCGAGAGCGUCGGCACCGACAGCGUUUUUUUCGGCAAUUUUCGGCGUCUCUCAGACCUUUCAAAUUUCUCCAAAAGCGUUGAUUCCGGCGUUGACUUUAGCAUGAGAAACACUUUUUUCAAACCUUUUGCCGACCGAAGCGCAAGAUCCUCGAAAAAUUUGGAAAGAACGAGCGUCCAAACGAGCGACAGCGAGAGUGGAAGUUUCGUCACGGUUCUCUCACCCACCGGGGAGAGCCGACGAAACAGUCUCGUUCUAUAAUAGUCUUCGGAAAAUGUUGAGGUUAAGAGUCGACGUUUGAUCCAAGACUCAAAUGCUCGACUUUUCAGUCGAAUUUUGAGGUUAUAUACGACUCGAAGAUUCAAAGCUCAAGACUUCAAGUCAAAUGACAGAGUUUAAUUUUCUACUCGUGUUAAAACUCCGAGUAAAUACUUCAAAUCAGUCUCUUCGAGGCCAGUAAAUAGUUUGAUAAACAUUUUUUUUAUACCAUUUUUUAAAACGAAAUUGAAAAUUAAUAUUCGCAAAUUCAUCUAUAAAUAUUCACUUAUUUAUGUAUUUAUUUAUAUAUCAUUUAAUUUAGGAGAAUCCGAGACGCCUUGAGCGUCGAUAAAAAGUUCAUUGACCGGGUAUUCGAUUUCUAACCUCAUCGACGUUGCUCGUGCGGUAGAUUCAUAGAUUUUUUAAUGAUUUUUGUUUUUUUAUUUAUUGAGACGUAAUUAACAGUUUAUUCUUAUCGACGUAACGUAACUGGAAAAUUUCGGUGGAUAAUUAUCGAAUAAUUCAGCAAACGAUACCGGCCGGAGGUGCAAUACUAGUUUCGUUAAAGAGGUUAAGUGCAUGCUUCAAUUUAUUAAAAUUAUACAAAUUGCUGAGAAACAUCGAUCGCUUAAGAAAAAAAAAUGAUUUAGCACGAUAUCUUGCCGAAUAAGGUAUUAUUUAGGAACACUUUUUCUAUUCGUUAAAAAAUAUUGAAUUUUACAUUAUUUAUUAUUUUAAUAGUUCGAAUCACGAUUUUUGUUAGACUUUCAAUAUUUAUAUCCCUCUAUUUAUUCUCGUUUGUAACAUAUUCCUAUCGUUUGUAACCACGAAGUUUUAUUUAUCACUGUUUUUAUUUAGCAAGAGAAAAAUUUAACUAAAUUAUUAUUAUUUUUACAUAUAUUUUUAUGUACGAAGUUCUCCAUGUGAUUAUUUCGACGAAAUAAUUCGUUGAACAAGGAGCGCACGCUUCCACGUACCUGCCAAAUGUAAAUAGUUAUUUAAACACGUUACUCUCGUAGAUGUUAAAACAUACUAGCCAAUUUUCAUAUUUAUCAUUGAAUUAAUAUAUUUUUUUAGUUACGACAUUUUUCGAUUAACGGAGAAUAUGUUAAUUCGUAUUUAUUUACACUUCAGUAUACAUUUGGGUCAGGGAUCGAGAAAUUGGUUUUUUCACUGUUUUUUCUUUUGUUUCAAGGAACAAUUUCUCUCCCAAAUUUCGUUGGGGAAUACGGUGCAGGGUGGAAGUGGGUUUACGGCAUUUAUAAUUUAUUCUCAACGUUUAUGAACGAUGAAUGACACUCCUGAAAAUAAUUGCUCACCCAGAUUUUCAAUAUUUAUUUCAUGCAUUUUUUAUAGCUAAUAUUAUUGAGAAGAUUGUUGAUCAUGUGACAUAUUAUUUGUUAAUUUAAAAAAUUUAUGCACUUUGUUUUAACUUAAGAACUUUGUAUUAUAUUUUUUAUUUAAUUUCAA